AAUGCUGUAAAGCUGUCCAACACACGCAACGAUAAACACCCAACACCCGACCACCUCAUUCGUGAUCUACUCAACACAGAGAGAAUCUCAGUCACGAGUCACGAGUAUCGAGGUGUCUGAAGAACAAGAGUUUGACAUCCUGCAGCCGGCGAAGAGGCGAUUUGGAAAAGCCAUUGUCCUUGGCGGAGAGGCGACGGCUGAGUGAGAAAUGUCUAGCUCAGAUCAUGGUAAGGAGGAGGAGGAGCGGAGGGCAUCAGGUAAACCCAACGCCCAAACUUUGAAAGUUGCUGGCGAAAAGAAGGCCAAUGACUUGGAUGCGGUACCGCGCGAUGCCACCAUCGCAGACCCGCCAGAGCAGGAGGAGGCGGCGGCGUCGCGCGACAUGGCUGCACCUCGAGCGCCCAAAUCAGACGGCAAGGAGGGAGAGAGGUGGGAGAGAGGCAGGGGACGGGGCCGGGGUAGAGGGAGAGGCGCUAGUCGGGGUUCGGACACUGCGAAAGGACGGGGCCGAGGGGGAGGAGCAGGAGGAGCUGCACCAGGGAAUACGAAGCCGAGCAGCGAUGCAGCAUCAUUCGUCGUCGACUCGAGCGAUGCGGUUCACGUGAAUGCGAAUGGAGUUGCAGAUCCGCAGUCAGGAUCAGCAGCACAGUCCAGCAUGCCCACCUCGCCCCCCUCUGCGCCCAAAUCUCCCAAGGCGUCCCCAGCAUACACCAAUCCCACGCGGCAUACUACAGGAGGUCCUGCUCGCUCCAAGCCGAGCGAAUCGGAGCUAGAAGCUAGGUUGGCCAAGGCUAGAGCGGCUAAUGAGAACAUCAUGGCUAGGCGAGCACAAGUGGAGGAAGACUUGCAGAGAUAUGGAGAGAGGACCAAGGAAGAAGAGGCGAAGAGGAGGGAAGCAAUGCAAAAAGAGGCGGAAGUGAAAAGGGAGAAAAAGGAGAGGAUGAGAAGGGAAAAGGAGAGAGAUGCCGCUAUAGCGCAAGAGAGGGCAGCGAAUGCGGCGCGAAAGUUGCAGCACUCUUCGACCAGGGCUUGGGACGCGGAAAAGGAAGAGCAAGUGCACAAACCUUGGGAGAGGAAUGCGCGACCGGACGCUGUACGAGGUGGCGCUCGAGCAACAGGUGCGAGACCAGAAAGAGGCGCCUAGACGGUCGCCGACCGCACGUCUUACGACGUUGAGCCGAGUCAUUCGCAAGAUGGCUAGAUGGCGCUACAACGCAGCGCCGUGCCGCCGCAUUGCGUGUGACCAUGUUGCUUGUCAGCUACAUCUACUCCGCCCAGCUGGUGGCGAGCGAGACAAUGGAGUGAUCAGCUGACUAUCUAUACCCCUCAAUGAUACUUCUACUACACCCGAUUAUCAGAGCGCUCUGCACUCAAUGGCGGUCCAUCACAAGAAUCGCAUGAGCACGCGUGCAGCCUCCUUCUUCCUCCACACUCAGUCGCCAAGCGAAGCGACCGCGAUGGUGGGUCACAGACAAGCAGUGUCCCACUGACGCUGAGCUGUGACCGCCAAUCAUACGUGCUCCUUGCC